UUUUACUCAUUUCUGUCACCUGCUAAACAGGCAAAACUUUAUUUUUUAACUGAAAAAUGACUCGUCAGAAUACUUCCGAAAGUGACAACACACAACGACCACCAAUACCUCAAUAUGAUACUGUUGACGAUAUUGAUGAGCUAACCGAUGCUAUGGAUAAGGAAGAUCAUCACCAUCAUCACCACCAUCAUGAGCAUCAUCAUCAGCAUCAAGGCAUUGCUCAAUAUGAUACUGUAGAGGAAGUUGAAACUUUGGAAACUGUACAUCAUCGAACCUCGUUGAAUCAAGAAGUACCAACUCCUCAGAGACGUAGCCAUCCACAAUAUGAUAAUCUAGAUGAUAUUGAUGAUCAAGAGUAUAUUACUGAAGUUGAAGUGAAAUCCAAUAGAGGAUCAACAUUAACCACUCGUCCGCAUGUUACUAUCAAACAGGAUGAGAUUGAGGAUAUUGGAGAAAGACAAGUUACUGUUAUUGAAAUCGCAUCACAAAAAGGCUCAACAAAGAGGGUAGCACCAAGAAAAGACUACGCACCGUCAAUUCCACUCCCAGAACAUCCUGCUCAACAAUCUGCACCACCCACGCAACAAUCUCGCCCACAAACUACCUCACAUAAGCCACCAAAUCCUGAAAUGGAAUUUGACAUUGGAGUUAAAAAUAUUGCUCCUGUACUUAUUCAUAAGAUGAACAUGGAUGAUCGAGACCCAAAAGAUUCUGCACAGUAUUUGAAUACAUCGUUCUUCGAAGUUUUCAACGAGCCAAGUGAGCAGUAUCAUAGUAUUGCAUGUGUCUGGACAUUGUCUUUCAAAAUUUUUGAAAUAGUUCGAAUCUACAGUUACAAGAUUCUUACUCUUAUUUUCGGACUCAUCAUUGCAUUUUUGGGCGGAAUCUUAUUCGCUUUAUUUGCAUUUUUGAACAUUUGGAUCUUCCGGCCAAUCCUCAUUCUGACCCGAAUGGCUUUUGCACAGAUUGUCUUGAUUUGGCCAAUGUUCUUAAUUUACAUAGUUCGUCCAUUCUUCUACUCAGUUGGAGCAAUCUUUUCGACUGCACGACUACAUACAUCUCGUGGAGAACAAGUUGUGGAAGUAUGGGAAAAACACAUUCAUCAUGUUUAAUUUUAUUUUUACCCCAUGAUCAUUAUUGGUUGUAACCGUUAACUGUAUACAUACAGUUUAACUCUGAUACAAAACUGCGCCUUCCGUUUAAUAUUUUUAAAUAAAUUAAUUCGAUAGCAUC